GAUGGAGAUUGGGAUGUUAGGUGGGGCGGUUAUACAACCGCGGAAGUUCUGUCGAGUCCGUCUCCGCGAUGUCCAAUGUCUAAUGCCUUUAGUAAGGGAAGCGUCAUUGGCACGAUACUGCAUAUUGCUGAGUUAAGUUGGCGCGACUUUAUCGCCUGCAACAUUUUUCUAGAUGUGUAAGUUGACCUGUAACUGUGAGACUGAUGCUCCUGUUGUUAUGGAGAUAAUGCCACUCCCAUUAUCAUUUAUCUCUCUCAGUCGUUCUACCGAAAUAUCCGUGGAGGCUGGAUAAGGCGGAGCUUGGCCGUGAUGCAGAAGGGUCUGAUAACGUCUCGGCCACCCUUGCUGUCGUGGUCAGGCAGUGUAGACCAAACAGCUGCGUGCCGACAUAUCUGUGGAUAAAGCAGAUAAGCAGUCGAUCGAGUCGUGUACACCGUGUGAUAAGUGGGACGGUAUAUCAAGCCCCGCAAACUGGCACGCCUUAUCUUACACCUGAAACAAACCUCCACAUAUCUACCAGAAGGUUUCGCUUUAAUCGUCGGUGAUCUAAUAUGCCACGUCUGUGGGUUUUUUCUUCGGCUCGAUAGGUUGCGGGAGAAGCGUGUUUCGGACGUUGCGGACGAUCGUCUGCUAGCUGCGGAUGCUGGCGGAGGAGUGGUGUUUGAGAGUUACCUCCCGUGUGUGUAGGUGGCAGGGAAAACAGUUUAUGAUGGCUGGCGACUUGUGGACAAACCAGAUGCAACCAUCAACUGCUGCGAAGAGUUCUCUAAAAUCUACCCCUUUCACGUCGCGUUUUUUCGUUUCUGAUGCAUGUAUCUGAAAUGGAUGACCAGAAGACUUCUUGCACCACCGCGCAAGAUUCCGAUCGUGACGAAAGAAGCCCAGUUUCAAUUGCAAAUGCAGACGACACAAGCAAGAACGACAAAAGUUAUGUGACUGAUGGGGCGACUUUGGAUGCGCCGCAUACCAGAGGGGAUCAACUCGAAACUGUGGAGGCAGAGGCUGAGGCAGCUCUGAAGUCGUUUUGUCAGCAGCUGGAGCUAAAAAGGAGUGACAACAUAGAUUCGUCACAGAUGCAAGUUACGCCUGUAAGUCAUGAAAGGUCUUCGUCAUUUACCAGCAGCUCCAUCGUUUCAGGCAGCGAGAAUCGAAACACACACAGAAAGACAGGUGCUGAUAUGCGAAUACUGGCGACAUACAUGCGAUCGUUGAAUGAACUAAGACCACCGGAAACAAUCCCACCGCCAGAUUUAGAUAAGUAUUUAUCUUCCUUUUUUCUUGUGGUUCGAAAAACGGAUGGCAGCGAAUACGAACCUUGCAGUCUCCGGGCGAUGCUUGCAAGUAUAGAACGAUAUCUACGUCAAAAGAACUAUCCCGCGUCAUUGACUAGGGAUAACCAGUUUGCAAAUAUGCGAAACGUUCUAAAACUAAAGCAACAAAUGUUACGAUCAUUGGGCAAAGGGCAGAAAAGUGUAGCAGAAAUUUCUCAGACCGUUUGUGUCCGAGAAGGAAAGAUAACACGUUUAUUUGAUUCGCAUGAAAUGGGCCCUUACAACCCCAAUUCGGUCAUUUUCUCUUUGUGUUUCUUCUUCUGCAUGUACUUAAAACUCCGCAAAUCAACAGAGCACAAGAAACUUCUGUGGGGUGAUAUUGUUCUUUGUCAGGACUAUAACAACAGAGAGUAUCUGACAUUCUCAUCACAGAUGCUGAGUCGAUUCCAAGGAUCCACACGUCUGAAUCACAGACUCUCAAAUGCACGAGUAUGGGCAGAACCAGAUGUUCCAGAAAGAGAUCCAGUAGCUCUAUACAAAUUCUAUGCACAGAAGCGCCCACCAUCAAUGAAUCAGCCAUAUGCCCCAUUUUAUUUAGGAUUAAACCUGAUCAAUCCUCUUGCUGGCCAGGCAUGGUAUCGUCCCUCGGCCAUGGGCAUCAACAAGCUAAAUGAGAUGGUGCGUCAAAUACGUGACCUCACAGGACUUAAGUCAACAAGUGACACCAGCCCCAUGCAAUAUUUAGUCCCAAAUGCACAGGACCUUGCCAUGAUGGGUUCAGAGCUGUCCAGUGCAAGCUCUGACCCUUCCAACUCUCGUGAUGGUCACAAUCUGGAUGGCAUUGACCUUGACUGUCAUGAUCGAGAGGACACACCUGAGGCCUCUCCUCAGCUUACCAUUGACCUGGAAGAGUCUGAAGCUGAUGCGUUUGAAACUUCAACCUCAGCAGAGCCAGGUUUAGCACAUGUGGUGAGAGACUCAGAUAGUGGUGAAGAAGGUCAUUUGGCUGGGUCACCAAGCAUGAAAAGUCAGGAAGAAUCCCAAAAUGAUGACUCACCCCCCUCUGCAGUGUCUGUUGAUGGGGAUGGUACCAGCAUGUUUAGGAGCCACGUUUCCCAUGAGGGCAAUUUCAGAGAUGGUCAUGAUAUGUCCCAAAGACAGAUGCCAGCAGAUUUGGAGGAGGAUGAAGAGGAAGAGGACUUCAUAAGUGUAGAGCAGGCAAAGGAGCUAGUGGUGGAUAUUGUCCAGCGUAUGGACUUUAUGGAUAUUAUACACUUUGAUCGUUGGCUGAAGACAAUGCGUAUUAAUCGCAGUCCUACAACAGGUCAGAUUGUUUGCAAAGACACCAAAGAGGAAAAUGAUGACCAUGCUGGCUUUGAAGACACCAGAGGUGGAUCUCAGGAUUUCCAGUCUGGCAACCAGGGACUGGGAGUGAACAUUCUCCUUAAUAUAGCCCUUUCUCCACAUGCAAUGCGUGGUCAUGGUCCUGUCACAGUGCAGGCAACCACUGUCAGUUCCUCGGACCUGAACACUAUCUCUGGACACCGGUCAGCUAACUCUGUUUUCUUUCAGCAAGAAGCAGAUCAUCCGAGACGGCCACGUGCCAAUAAUUUCAUCCCUGAUGGUGCAACCGAUCUCAGUCAAGGAAGAGCUAACUGUGACUUUCGCAGUGUGAAUCGACAGAGCAGCGAUAUGCCUCUGGAUCUUGCCAUCGGGUCAACUAGAGCUUCGGUUUCUGCACAGCCAUCACGGCAAGAGCCACGGGGAGCAUCAAGCCACAACAACAGUCGCGUGCGGCUGGCCUCCCCAUUGGCAGCAGGUGCAGCAGAUGACUGUAUCCCCAGAAAACAACGAAAACUUUCAUCCAAUGAAACUACAGCAUAUUUCCAUGCUGCCCAGCGUUCUCAGGGUCACUCAGAGAUGUUUCACAACGAUUCUAAAAGCAGCAAAGCACAGCUACCAGUCAAAGGGCAGAGGCCAGAGGGCAGCAGACGCAAGCCAAGCCCAGCCUCUCUGACGCACAUUAAACCAAGAGCAGCCUGUGACAAUAAUAUUGAGAUGCAUGCCUCAGUUCUCAAGCAGGGGCCGAGUACAGUAACAGCAGCAUCUGCAGUCCUCGGUGGUGGAGAAAGUUCCGGUUCACAUAUCUCUAAUAGAAAUAGUAGGGUGCUCUCCUAUCCAGAAGUUCUGAAUCUUAAACAGGAAGUUGACUGAAACUUGGGUUGCAUGAUUUGAAAAUGGAGCUUGAACUAAUAGCAUAUUUGGAAAUAAUGAUUAUUUGAACAUAUAGAGAAUGCUUCUGCAACUAACUUCCCAGAUUCACAUUUUUUUCAACUCUUGCACUCUUCCACUCAUUUUCUCAAGGAAACUGUCAGUACACUUAUUUUUCAUUUUCUCUCCAUUUUUCUAGAAAGCUUUAUGAUCUUUCUACAUUCAACAACACUAACUUUAUCAUGGAACCAAAAUUUACAUGUGCUAUUUGAUUCCACAACUCAGGACUUGAAAUUUUAAUGACAUUGUCAAUAGAUCAUUGGCGACUAACCUUUUUUACAAUUGAAGCCAUUUUUUUAAUGGAGUGAAUUUCCUCACCCUAGUCCAAUUUGUAUUGUAAGGUAUACACAUAGGUCUGGUUCUAUGCUGCCAUAUUAUUCCAAAUCAAAAUCUUCAGUUUUCUCUUUAUUAUAGUAAUAAGCAGCUUUUAAAAUAGCAGAUUUAGCACUGUUUAGUGUUGACUCAUAUUAGGGGAAAGGUCAGUUCUGCAGACCCUUGGCUAACUUCAUUGACCACGUAGUAUUUUUUAUGGACUUCGAUUUGUCAAAUCUUCAUCCAUGGUUUUUAUGCAUUUACCAAAAAAGCCUACAAAUUGUAAUUCUUUUUUUUAGGGAGUUAUAUGGAUGAAAAGUGAGCUAAAAAUCUGCAUUGAAUUUUUUUUCUCUGCAUCUGCUUGACAUACUCAUGAUCCUGCAAGAACACUGUUUCGUGGUCAAUAGUCCAUUGAUCUAGUUAACAAAGAUUUUAAAUGUAUAGAUGAAUGACAGUUUUUGAAGUUUUGUUUAGGUUCCUUAUUCUUCCCUGCCUUUGCAGUUGUUUUCCAAUACUGAAAUGGCAUAGGAAGGAAAAUUCAUCCAUUUCCAGCAGUCAUAUUAAUAUAUAUUCAUUAAGGAGAGAUUAUCAUUUUUAUAUCUAAGUACUGACUGGUGCUAACAUUUCAAUAAUCUUGAAGGGAAAUAAUUCAUGGUUGUGAUGCAGACUGCAAACAAGACCGAUAAAAUGAUACCUCAGAUUGCUUUACUUAUAAAUGUGUUUGCUCUGUGUUGGUUUAUCGCUUUUAUUUCAGUUAGUCAUUCACAUUCAGUGUUUGAUUUUUGUGUCAUGAUCGAUUUUUUUUGUUGUAGAAGUGUUUGCAGUGUUGAAAAUAGCAACCGUUUGAUUACAGACACUUGUGUAAUAUGCAGUUGGAUGCUGUUGUGCAAAAUUGUCUUUUCCUUAUCCAUGCCACUCAUUUGUCUCGUGCAUUGUGAAUAAAGGAGGGAUUUUACAAGCUGUCUAGGUCAUUACACAUUAGGCUUGUGAUUACUGAAAAAGAAAUGUUCAACAUUAUGUUGAUAGCUGCAAGAGAAAGAAAUGUGGUAAUAAAUUUACUUAAAUUUGUCCCUUAUAUAUGCUUUCAAGUUUUUAAGAGUACAGAGCUUUUUAUUACAUUUUUAUGUUGAUGGGAACUUUGUGUGGACUUUGCCAAACAUGUAAGGAAUGGCUGUGCCAUUCUUGUAACUUGUCUUGCACUUUUGUUUAGCUUUCCCACAUUCCUUAGAAUCACUCCUGCAUUCUACUUGGACCUUGGCAAAUAUUUGGUGUCAUUUUGGUUUGUCAUUUAUUUACAUUAGAGCUAUGUGUAUAACGUGUUAGCAUUUUUCUUCUUUUUUUUUUUCUUUUUUUUUUUGCCAAGCAGAGUGCUUGAAAUGGUAAGUUACGAAAAAGUAAUUUUGUAAAAACCCCAUAGCCUAGUGUCCGUAUAAGCACUGAGCCGUUGAGAUUCAUGAUGUUUAGAGUAUGACCUAAUCCUCUUCUGCUGCAUUUUAUGUCCCCGGAUAAAUUAAGGUGCCUAUUCCUGGAUGUCAUGGGGAAGUUUCCAGUGAGGGGCCUGGAUGGUCCACCAAUCAGCAAUCUUAUGUUCCAAAGUGAAGCCCAUUAACUACUAAGCUAUGUCACUUUAUCCUGACUGUAGUAUGUUUACCUAACUAGUACCCAUUGCGUUUUUUCCCUAACUUGCAGAUUUGUAUAAGUACAAAAAAUUUGCAUUAUUGAAUCCAAGAUGCUUGUUUCAUGUCAUUUUACUUGCACAGCGACAAACAAUGCUAAUGAGAUAAUUGAAUUUGUUUUUAUUUACUUUUCCUCUUGGUGUAUAUUUGCUUAUGAUCUUAAAAUCAUUUUAAGUUAAGAGCCUUUCUUUUGUGGUUUCCAAAGGAUAUAUCUGUAGACACGCUAUUUUUUGUUAGACUUGUUUUAUGGUUUGUGAUUUAUAGCAGAAAUUAUCUUUGUAUUUAUUUACAUACUUGUGUGUUUAAAUCCAUGUAUAUGGACAAAGAGGGAUGAUAAAUGCAUGACUUUUCUUGUGUGAAGCUGUUAUAUUUAUUGUUAUAUAUAUAUUUCUAAUUCUCUGCUUGCAUGAUGGCGUGUUAGUGAAGUUCGACUGCAUGGCUUUUUCUGUUGCUUUUUCCAUUGUAGGCAGAUAAGACAAAAGUGAAAAACCUUAAAAAAGAGUGAAAUAUCUGUAAGCUAUGCCGUUAACAUCAUUGGAUAAGAUAUGUACAAGUUUUCUGAAAAAUAAAAAACAAAUACUUGAUUAGCAGUACAACUUGCAGAGGGAAAACAUUUUCUGAAAAUAUUGAUUUAGAGAGCAUCUGUAAGCAAGACUGUACUAAGACUUUCCACUAAAUUUUGAGUUGCAGGCAUGUUGUUGUUGAUGUUGUUGUGUUAGCACUAGACUGACUUAAAUUUGCACAGUGCCUAAUCCUCAAAGAGAGAAGAAAAGGCAGUUCUCUAGAUAUAGCUUUUGAAGUGAAACUGAAAUGCAUCAAACUUCCAAUUCUUACCUCCACUUUCCAAAUAGUGCAUAUAAUGAAGCAUUUUGCUAGAAGUCUUGAAUGCCUAUCACAUUUAUAAGCCCUUGUCAGUAAAGAAACUUGGCCAGUGCCAUGGUAGCAGGAUUUACAGACUAGGACCUUUUUCUUUCUGCUGAGUACCUGAUCUACAAUUUCCAAAAUUUCCUGUCUUCAUACCAGACUAUGAAGUUGUAAUAAAACUGUCUUUUUAGGAUGUUGAAAGAGUGAUGCAUACAGUCAGUGAAUUUUUGUCAGUAACAUUUGAAACAGAGAGUUAACUAACUACAGCAUAUUAAUGAGACCCUUGUAGCCUGAGCUGUGACAGUGCCCUUGAAAUUCCAGAAUGUUGAAGAAUGGGGGAAAUAGACAUUUGAGAAUCCUCAUAUUUAUUGAUUAAAUCUUACUUCUGGAAGAUACCUGUUGUUAAAAGCAUGUUCUCUAGUCACUGCUCAUGAACAGAAUUUUUAUUGUUAUCUCUUUAGUGUACACUGUCAUUUCAACAUUUGUAAGGGAAAAAGACUGUCCAAAACAUUUGGCAUUUUCCUAGUCUGUGGCCUGACAGGAAACAGUUGAAUUUCACUUGCAUCACACAAACUCCCAUUUUGCAAAGAGGAAUGGGUAUCAGUUAAGAUGGUCUUUGUGUUGUAUGCAUGUUUGUGUGCAUGCAUGCUUUUAUGCAUUUUUAUGAUUGAUAUAUUAUUCUGCUGUGUGCUUUGAUCAAGCAUGUGCUGAUACAGAGGAAAAAAGACAUCGGAGUAGAAAGAACUAUGUGCUGAUACUUUUGUGCCCUGCUUUCACUAUAACUGAUUUUCUGACUUAUUUUAUGGAUGUUUUGUUAUUUUUACUCUGUUAGCUAACAUUUAAAAACAUUGUGUGCUUUAACAUAUUCCACAGUGUUUGUUUGACAACUGAGUUAGUAAACAAAAAGAAGUCAAAACAAAUGUGAUUGCCCUUCUCCUGUUUGUAUUGUACUCUAUGGCUUUUUUAUCUGUAAGCAAAAAUGCAGACAUAGUUGCUUGUGUAGGAGUGUAUCCUGUAGUUUGUGCAUUAUUGUUUUCGACAUCCAGUUGAUUGUAAGUAUCCAUUAUCAGCAUUGUGAAUAUGAGACAUUUUCAGAAUUAGAUGUCAGCUUUUACUUUUCAUAUUAUUUCAGCAACAGAGGAGUGUUUGUACCCAAGUCAUCAAAUCGUGAUAUUAGCCCAAUGCUUGCUACUGUUGAGAAAUGUAUACAAGAUUCUUUAACAGUCACAUGCUUUCCAUUCUUUCCUCUUCUCCCAAACUCCUUAUAUUUUUAGAUAAUGAUGUACAUUUGCAUCUCACAAUUUUUUGCAACAUUGUUUAUUGUGACUGCUAAACAAAAGCAGAGUUGUGGAAGCUAACAUUGUAAUGUAUUUUUGCAUUGUGAACUCAUUAUUUGUAUUUAUUUGUCAAAGAUUUUAUUAAGUUUGCAAAUGCCUACAUCCAAGUGAGGUGUAUAGAAAGUGUGCAUGCAGGCUCAGGUGUAUAUUUAAAUGAUGUAACAAGACCUGAUAUGUUUUAGAUAGGUAACUUUAGUUUAAAGUGUUUGAUUUGAUUUGUUGUUAUAUUUCUCUAUUUUAAACUGGAUACAGAGAAAAAGAAGUUAUUUUAUCAUACAUCUUGGCACAAGUGAGACAUUUUUACUUGAAUUACUUUUGUCAAAAGAAAAUGUUGUGUCACACAUGUGUGCAUUAGAGAUUUUAAUUUUAAAAUGCAAACAUCUAACAUAUCCAUUCAUUACUUUCUCAUUUGUCCUUUCUUAAAUCUUAAAAGUGGGAUAAUUGUUUUAUUUUAUUUGUCCCAGAUUUGAAAAAGAAUAGGAGCACAAAGUUUUAGCAAGGAUAGGACAUCAUUUAAAAUUUAGCUCAAAAAAGAAGAGCACUUUCUUAGGCUUUAUAAUAUUCGACAUUUGUCAGCAGACUUUUCCGUUAAUAAUAAUCCUUCUAGCAUUCAGCUCAGCUGCAGCAUGGGAGUCUUUUACGUUGUUUUAGGUUCUUCCUCCUUUUAUUUGAAGGUGUCUCCUGCUUUGCAGAUAUUAUUAUGGAUAGCUGUGCAUUUAGUGUACCAUAGUUGUGCAGGAGAAAGUGUAAAAUUGUUCAUGUCACUGUGUAUUCUUAUAGUACUGCAUUCCAAAAGAACCUGUGCUUAGAAAAAGUGCAGGGUUUCCACAAGCAGAAAAGAUCUUUUUUUUUUUCUGUAUUUAUUGGUGGUUUUGUUUGGUUUUUUUGGUGCCAUAAUUUUAUUUUUUCUUUAUCAAAAUUUGAUGCAUGCAUAUUUAUAUUCAUUGUUAGACUAUUUUGUGUGCCUUUGUUCUCAAACUUUAUGGCUAGCUUGGAGCAAGUAGUUGUCUCCCCAACCCUUACCCACCUUGAUGUGACGAAUUGGUUUUCUUUUUCUUUCUUCUUCAUAAAUAGUAUUUGUGACAGUCUCAUCUUUCUUUCCUUCUUUCGACUGCAUGAAUUAAUUUUGGCCAAAGAUAGCUUUCUGAGGGGCAUUGAAGUUUUUUUUUCUUGUUUUUUUUGGGAAGGAUGAUGAAAGUUGCUAGUCAUAUAGAAUGUUCGAGUUUCAAAGAUGGUUUACUGAAUGGUCCUUGCAUUUCUUAAUUUUUAUGGCCAGUUGAAAUAUUUUAACAUUUCUGCCACCAUGUUUCCAAAGGAGUUAAUUUGAUAAUUCUGCUGAGUUUGUUAUUUUAUUUCAUGCUUCAUGAUAUUAAUAUAAUGCCUUUAACGCAAUGAUGGUGAUAAGAAACACUAGUUUAAGUACUCCUGCCUGUUGGAAAUUGUGUGAAUUGUGUAAUUUUUAUGCAGAUUCAGUCACUUUAGAGGUGAACAUUUCGCUUGAGUGGCUUGUCUUUGUGUUAAACAUUCUCAGUAUCUUGAGUAUGCUGUGGUAAAAAUUUUUAAUCCCUGGAGUGAAAAAAUUCUAGAAAAUACAAAAAAUCCUUCAUUUUAUAUUUUCAAUGUAGGACUACUCAUGUAAAAAAAAAAUGUAAUAAUUUGAAAAUGCUUACUCAAGCUCUGAACCCUUGCUUUUUGUUUUGUUGUGGCUGUACAUUGUCAGACUCAUAUCAUAUAUUGACUCAACAUUCCAGGCGUUAAUCACUUGAAAUUGUUUGUGACUUCAGUGGGUUCGGGGAUGCAGACCAUGGACAAUAGCCCAUUACAUCGAAUCUCAUUCAGAAAUGUACAUGACACUCAUGUAUUAUGAACUUGUGAUUAUCAUCAUGCUUUCACUCUCAAAUAGUUGAUGUUAUCUAACUUAUGGGGUAUAAGGUUGGUGUUGGAAUUUAUGCUGUUUGUUGUUAACGAUCAUUACUUAGGGAUUUUCACUGAUACUUCAAAUAUUGAUUACUGUACUGCUUCAGGUACUCUCACUCAUGAUAGGCUAAUAAUAUUUAACAGUAACAUGGCAGGGAAAAUAUACUUGGCGGCAUUAUAAGUAAACUGCAGGAAAAAUCCA